GCGCGGCGGGAGGGCGGCGCGGACCGCAGGGAAGCCAUGCCCGGUCCGGGCACCGUCACGUGGCCGCCGAGGCGGCCAAUCGCGGCCUCAGCGCCGCCCUCGUCUUUCCCCCGGCCCCCCCGGCCACUCAACCUGCCGCCACCCAGGCCGCCCGGGGCUCGGCGGGGCUCGGCCUGGGGCGGGGGGCGUCCCCGCGGGGGGGGCUCCGGGCGUGGCGUGGAGCGGCGCGGCGUUCCCUCGUUCCGGGCCGGGCGGCGUUCGGGCCCUUCUUCCCGGCAUGCCCCGCGCUGGAGAGGGCGGCCCCGCCCCCAGACCGUGCGCAGGCGCAGUCGGCCCUGGAGGCUCGCGGAGCACGCGAUGGCGGCGGCGGCGGCGGCGGCGGCGGGGCGGCGCGGCUCCUCGUCGUCCUCGUCUCCCGGCGACGGCGGCUCUUCCUCGUCCCCCGGCGCCGCCUCUCCCUCGCCGCCUUUCGCGCCGUCCUCGGGGCUGGCGCUGGCGGCGCUGGCGGGGCUGCUGAUGCCUCGCCGGGGACCCUCCGGGGGCACCGAUGGCCUCUCGCCGCCGCCUCCGCCGGGGCUUGCCGGGCUGGUGCGCUGCGCGCGGGACUGCGGGGGCCAGGCGCAGGCGUCGCCGUCGCUGAGCAGCCUGCUCGUCCUCAGCAGCGCCCGGAUGGGCUCCGUGAAGACGCGGUUCGAGGGCCUCUGCCUGCUGUCGCUGCUGGUGACGGAGAGCGGCUCGGAGACCUUCGCGCAGAACUGCCUGGCCUGGCUGCGGAGCCUCCAGCACUUGCUCCAGUCCCAGGACCCCCCUGCCACCAUGGAGCUGGCCGUCCUGGUUCUCCGUGACCUCUUGCAGUACUCUGCCCAGCUGCCCGAACUGGCCCGAGACAUCGGCACCAACCACAUUCCUGGACUCCUCACCUCUUUGCUGGCCCUCAAACCGGAGUGCCAGCUCCCCAUCCUGGAAGGAUGCCAGGCGUGCAUGACAUUUUACCCCCGAGCCUGUGGCUCCUUGCGAGGCAAAUUGGCCACCUAUUUCCUGUCUUGCAUGGAUGCAGAAACGCCUCACCUGCAGCAGCUGGCCUGCGAGUGUUACGCGCUCCUGCCUUCUCUGGGCGCAGGUUUCGCACAGGGGCUCAAGUACCGCGAGUCCUGGGAGCAGCAAGCGCAUUGUCUGGUGGCCACGCUACACCGCCUCCUGGGCAUGCUGUACGAGGGAGCCGAGGCAGAACCGCUGCACUAUGACGGCCCCGGAGAGGAGCUGCUGCUGCUGCUGCCGCGGGAGGAAGAAGCCACCUCCCUCCUCCUCCUGGCAAAACGCCGGUUUGCGGGUUUGGCCAAAUGCCUCUGCCGGAUGUUAAGGAACGAUUUUGGGGCUCCCGUCGCAGUUCCCGGCCAGGCUAUCCUCGACCUUGUUUGCCGAGCCCUCGACGUCUCUGUGAAGAACAUGAGCUGGUUUGGAGAUGGGCCCCUCCGGAUGCUGCUGCUCCCCUCGAUCCACUUGGAGGCCCUGGACCUCUUGGCUGCCCUCAUCUUGGCUUGCGGUCCUCGCUUGGUGCGGUUUGGGGGAGCCCUCUGCCGCCUCUUCCCCCAGGUGCUGAACAUGUGGCAGGCUGGCCAGGAUCUACCCUCCCCAGGGCUGCAGCGGCCUUACAGUGCAGUUCGGGCUCGGCUGUACCAAGUCCUGGAUCUGUGGGUGCAAGUGGCCGGAGCAGCCUCCGGGGUCCUGCUGGGGCACAGCAGCCAAAGUGAGGCCCUGCUGGGACACUUGAUCAAUGACAUCAGCCCCCCAAGCGACACCCUGAAGAUCCAGCCGAGCGCUGACUUGGAGGGGAAGCCCAGCGCUGCGAAGAAGCCCAGGCUGUCCACGGUGGGCGGCCUCGGGUGCCCGUUCCGUAAGCACGACCCUCAGGCCAACAGCGAUGUGUGCCUGGCAGCCUUGCAAGGCCUGAGCAGGGCCGUCCUCCUCUCCGGCAGCCUCAUGAAGGAGCAGCUCCACACGAGGUUGCAGGAACUGGUGAUCCCGCUGCUGAUCCGGCUGGGCCAGGCGGAGCUUCCCCCGGGAUCCCCCUACGCCAGGGCCAACUGCCGUCUUGAACUCUACCGGCUCCUGCUGGCCUUGAGCCUGGCUCCUGCCCCUGCCUGCCCCCCGCCCCUGCAUUGCACCCUCCGGCUGCUGAGCCAGGGGCGCACGGAUCCCAACCUUCUGGUCUCCUCCUUCUGCAUGGAGGCUGCCAUCAUCUGCAACGCCCUCCUUCACCCUCGGGUGCCAUCCCUGCAGCUCCCGCUGCUUGCCCCCGCCGCCCACCUGCCCGGCUCCUCGGAGGUCUCCCCUGCUGCGGCGGUUGGGGCUGCCACCCUGUCUCCCUUCUGCCCGGCUGCCUCGGUGCCCUUCCCGGCCCCCCGGCCCCUCCCUCCGGCCCCUGGGCCUCUCCCUGCCAACUCGCUGGGCCUGCCCCUGCCUGGGCUCUCAGCCGUUCAGCUGCCCCCUCGCCUUAUCCCUGAGGAGCCCGUUCCCCCUCCCUCUCCGGGCACCGCAGAGGCGGCUGCUCUGGCCACCGGGGCCAAGUUGCGGCGCUCUGUGUUCAUCCAUUACGACAAGGAGGAAGAGGAGGACGUUGAGAUCUCUCUGGAGAGCGAUUCGGACGACAGCGUGGUCAUUGUGCCCAAGGGGCAGCCGGGGAAGGCGACCGGCACUCUUAACUGUGCCCCAGUCCCUGCGGCCACUCCAGCCCCCCCGCCCCUGCCCGCCCCCCCCGCUGCCCUUCCGCUCCCCGCGUCCCCUUUGGUGGCCUGCGAGGAGGCUCCCUUGGAGAGCCCAACGCCCCUCGCCCUGGGGGUCCCACCACCUGCCCUGGCAGCGCCAGUGCUGCCGUCUUCCCCGGUCGCAGCAGCUGCCGAAGCCCCCCUGCCGGCUCUGCUGGAGGAGGACCCCCCCACGGUCAUCAACAUCAACAGCAGUGAGGAGGAGGAGGAGGAGGAGGAGGAGGAGGAGGAGGAGGACUUUCCCGAGGACGAGGAGUACCUGGACGAGGAAGAGGAGGAGGAGGAAGAGUUUGACGAAGAGGAGGGGGAGUUUGAGGAGGAGAUGGACGACGAGGACGACUUUGAUGAAGAUGAGGAGGGCCUGACAGAGGAGGAGGAGGAGGAGGAAGGCCUGACGGAGGAGGACGAGGAGGACGGGGGGCUGCCUCCUCUGACCCGAAGGAACGAAGAGGAACCUCCAGCGCUUCUGCCUGCUGUGAAGGACGGGCCGCUCAAGCUGGCGGAGGAAGAGGAGGACGGGGGAGCUGGGCUGCUGAUGGAGGUCGAGGAGGAAGCCUUCCAGCCCCCUCAGGAGGAGGAAGAGGAGGGCGAGCGGAUGGGGCCCCUGCUGCUGCUGAAGGAGGAGGAGGAGGAGAACGUGGCCUUGCCUCUGCUCCCGGGGGCCCAGCCCCUCCCCCUGCCUGCCCUGCAGGAGGGGCCCAGCUCGCUGGAGGCCCCCACGGACCCGGAGGGCCACUCUGGGCCAAAGGAGGGCGCCUCGGAGGCAGCCUCGGCAGCGUCUCUACCGCCGGAGGAGGCCGUCCACGCAGGCUCCAGUGGGGACCGGGUGGAGGCUGGUCCAGACUCCGGGGCUGGGCAGGGGGAGCCGGAGAAGCUGCUGCAGCCGGACGAAGAGGUGCUGGAAGUGAAGGAGGAAGAGGGCGGCAGACCCGCGCUGGACGAGACGGAGGCCAUGCUGGCGGACUUCGUGGACUGCCCGCCGGACGAGGAGAGAGACCCCGGCCAGCCCUGCUCCUGACUGGGCGGGGGGGGGAGAGGCUGCCCCGAGCAGACUUUUGGUUUUCCUGUUCGCUCCCAUGUUUCAAUAAAGGUCUUCCCUGCUGCACGUGAA